AUGAAUUUAGAACCAGACAAUUGGAAAGACAAGGAUUGCAGUGAUAAACUUACAUCUGCACCAUUACAAUCAUCAUCAUCAUUAUCAUCAUCACCAACAACAGCAGCAGCAGCAGCAGCAGCAGUAACACUAAAUUCAGCUUCAUCAUCAUCAUCAUCAUCAUCCACUGUGGAUUCACUUAAACCUUUAAAUGCAGAUAUGCCACCUAUACAGGGAAUUGAACAAAACAGUAACGACAGCAACGUUAACAACGUGAACAACGUUGACAACGUAAUUACACAAAGUAUGCAAACACUGGCACAUUCUACAGGACUUGAAUUUAAUAAUCGCAAUGAUAUUCUUGCAAGAGAUAAUGCAACGGAUGCUAUGAACCACCGAGAUGGUGAGGAUGAAUUGCGUGAGAAAAGAGAUGUUGUUAGAAAACAUUUGCAUAAUUUUGAGUGGAAAAUCGGAGAUGAGUGCUAUAUUGUGGAGGAUGAAUAUUUGUCACGUUUUUUCAAUUUGGAAACUUCUUCUUUUACCAACUUGAAGAAUGCACUUGGUCCUGUCAAUUCUCAAAGAUUAGUUGAUAGUUCAGGACAGUUAUACUCUGAACAAGACGAAUUAAUAAAGACUGUACCCAUCCCACAAACAGUAUUUGAUUGUUUAUCAGCAUGGUUUGGUAUCGUGGGGCAACCAGUGGUUAGAUCAAUGAUUUUUAACCCUGAAACGGGAAAAUUGGAGGUGGAACGAUGGCCCAUUGUGUUUUUCUUGCACAUUCUUGGCAAGAAACCUCAACAACUGCACUUUCGAAGUGGCAACCCUCGCCAUCUUGGCCAAUCCGAUGAUCAGCCCAUUGUGGUUUCAUUUUCUAGAACUCAAACAUUUACACAAUUGGCAAGAUUCUUAAUCCGAUACGUUGCAAAGACAAGUAUAGAUGUUACUGACGAUGUGAGGCUCUGGUUCUUUACAGAUUCAAGGGAGGAAGAAUUUACACAUCACAUAACGGUUGCAAAAUUUGUUACUGAGCUUGAAAACAAAAGGUUAGUAUUGCCGGGGAUAUAUGACAAGACUUUGGAAUCUGAAGGAGUAGUAAAGCCAUUGUACCAUAUUCUUUUGGAAGUUAGAGACAAGAAACCAGGCGCCGGAUUCCCAGUUGAUACCUUUGUCAAGCAAAAUUUAGAACUGCCAAAUGAAACUUCUCGAGAUGGAGUGGGACGCAUGGGGUUUUCCAACUUGGGAAACACGUGCUAUAUGAACUCGGCUUUGCAAUGUCUCCUUCAUGUUCCUGAAGUCAAUAAAUAUUUUCAUUAUGGAGUAUAUCGAAAAGAACUUAAUGUUGACAAUCCACUUGGAUAUCACGGAAACAUAGCCAACUCCUUCGGAACCUUGUUGAAAUCUGCAUUUGACCCAUUAAAGCACACCUCAAGUAUACUGCCAAGGGAUUUCAAGCUGACUAUUGGCAGAUAUAGUUCUGUGUUUUCCGGAUACCUCCAACAAGAUUCUCAAGAGUUUCUCAGUUGGCUUUUAGAUGCUCUUCACGAAGAUUUGAAUCGUAUCAAGGCCAAGCCAUAUUGUGAGAAGCCUGAGCUCAACGAUGAUGAGAUUAGUGACUGGAAUGCAAUAGUGAGGCUUGCUGACACAUGCUGGAAGCAGCACUUGCAGAGAAAUGACUCGGUAAUAACCGAUCUAUUUACUGGUUUGUACCAGUCGACGCUUGUGUGCCCCGAUUGUAACAAGACUUCAAUUACAUUUGAUCCAUUCAAUGACUUGACCUUGCCAUUGCCUAUAAGCAAGAAAUGGUACCACACUUUUACCAUUGUUGAUUUGUCGUCACUGAGACUACUUCCUACAAGGGUGAUGCGGUUGGAGGUAGAGUUGCAAAAGACAUCAAAUUAUGAUGCAUUGGUUGCAUAUUUGGCAAAGUACUUGAAAGUGCCUCUGUCUUUUUUGUUUAUAUAUGAGCUUUUCCAAAAUUCCAUAUACGCUGAUUUUCAAGCAGACUACAACAAGAAUAAGUUUAUGCCGAUUGGUGAUAUAAUCAGAGAUGCAGACGACAUUUUGGUGUAUAUUAUUCCUCAUGAUGUUGAAAAUGAUAUUAUAUUACCAGUUUAUAAUGCAGUUGAGGAUGAGGACAAACUGUACCAGAUGGUGCACUACUUUGGGCUUCCGUUGUUUGUCACAUUGGACAAGUCAAAUCUUGCAAGUUUUGGCACGAUCAAAAGAAAGCUUUUAGAAGUGAAUUCUGCCUUAACCUCUAUCGAUCUCGUUGACGAGUAUGAAAACCACAGGCAAAGACAAGAUAAUUUUGUUGCGAAAAGUUUAUACCAAAAGCUGGAUUUUGCAAGCAAGAGUGUGACAGAAGAUGAAAUGAUCAAUAGCGGCGAGGAAACUGAUGACGAUAGAAGCAGGAGUGAAGUUAAUGGUGAGAGUAAGGGUGAGAGUGAGAAUGGGUAUGACAGUGAUGUAUCAAUGGCAGACCCAUAUGUUAGAGCCGAUUUUGGGUUUGAUGUGUUGUAUACAAAAGAACAAAACUAUCGACUGAGCUCAUAUUUGCGUAAUAGAGGCGGAAUGGGACAUGAGAGCCGCAUGAAGCUGUCAAGUAUUGUUGUUAAUGUACCACUUCAUAAGCCAAAUAUUAAAGAUUUCAAAAAGUUGGUAAAUACAUUACCUGAGCUGAAGCGGAAAUUUUACCUUCACGAGGUUAAUGAAGCUCGUGGUAUCGAUCCACGAGAAAAAAGCCCUGUGCUGCUGUCAGAGACUCAAUUGCAGACGCAUUCGCAAACACAAACACAAACGCAAAUGCCAGUACAGACUGAUACUCAGACCCAAUUGUUGGAGCAAGAGCUGGAGCAAAAUAGUUUUCCACUAGUCAAUCCUAAUGAGACAACACAGGAUGAUUACGUCGUGGUUGAGAGAAGUGCAACAGGCGAUGAGGAGAAUACCGAACAAGGAGUCACCAACCAAACAUCUUUUAAUCGUCCUCUUCUACCUGAGCGAGUGCAGCAAAUGUCUCAAAUAAAUCUGUCUGACGAAGAUACCGAAAGCGAAGUAAAUCUAGGCAGCUUAUUUGGCUCAAGCUCAAAUCUUCCACUCCCAAACUCUUCAUCUUACUUUGACUCGACCAAGCCUUCCAACAUCAAUUCGCCAAUAGAGAUGAAUGCAAAUGAAAUUGAGGUUAACGAUUAUUCAAAUGGAAAUUUAGUUGAUGAGUAUACUAUCUUGGUAUGCAAAUGGGAUGCUGAGGUUUAUCAAAAAUGCUUUACCAAUGAGAACCCCAUAAUCUCGUCUAAUUUGUCUUCAUUGCCACAAUUGCCCAACAAGGAGUUGGAACAAAACAAGGCAAAGUUCGAACGUCAGAGGAAAAGUAGAAUAUCAUUGGCGGAAUGUCUAAAGUACUUUAGCACCCCGGAGCUUUUGGGUGAACAUGAUUUGUGGUAUUGUCCAAGAUGCAAGGCUCAUAAGCGUGCCACAAAAACAAUCCAGCUAUGGUCUGCGGGAGAUAUCCUCACUAUUCAUUUAAAGAGAUUUCAUAGUGCUCGUGCAUUCAGCGACAAGAUUGAUGUUGUUAUUGAUUUUCCGAUACUGGGCUUGGAUAUUAGCGAUUUUGUUUCAAAUCCAACAAUUAAAAAGGAAGACUGUGUAUAUGAUUUGAUAGCUGUUGACAAUCAUUAUGGUGGCCUUGGAGGUGGUCAUUACACUGCUUCGGUAAAGAACUUUUGUGAUGACAAAUGGUACUAUUUCAAUGAUAGUCGUGUUACGGAGAUUAGUGACCCUGAAGAGGUGAUUACGAGUGCCGCAUACUUGUUGUUCUACCGGAAGAGGGCACCUAAUGCAGAUUUGGGAGGUGAUAAAUUAUCCAGCAUUAUCUCUAACGAGGCGGAAGCGUUUAAUAGUAUGAAGGUAAGAAAGGAAGCAGCUAUAAAGGAUGUUGAGGGUCAAAUUGAACUUUUUGCAUCUGGAUUGAAAUUGGGAGCAGAUGAUUAUGAAGAAAAAUACGAGGAUAAUGAAAAUGAAGAGAAGAAAAGUUGUAAUUCCGAUAAUAAAGCAUCUUCUAAUGCAUCGUCUACAAGCGAUAGUGAUCGAAAUCAAGACAGAAAUGACUAUGAAGAUGACGAUGAAGAAGAGGAAGAAGAGGAAGAAGAGGAAGAAGAUGAUGAUGAUGAUGAUGAUGAUGAUGCGACGCCUAAUUUGAGGAAGCAACGCAUUAACAGUAAGGAUUAUGGUAGUCUUCUGCAGAUGAAGAGACAGAAAACGAAAAAUUUGAGCACGCUGUCUAAACUUGAGGAUGAUAGUCCUGUUUCUGUUGAAUUUGCUGGUGACACUCGUGAUGCUGAUAAGAAAGCCGUAUAA